AUGGUUUCCAUUGUUUUUGCUUUCCAGAAUGCCGAGCGCGCCAGAUAUCUGAAUCCUAGAAUUACCUAUAGAUUUUGGAAUUUGGAUAAUGAGACUAACUCUCACACCCUGUUUCAUGAUUUAAGCUGGACCAACUGUACUGAGCAGGACACUUUCUACGCAUAUCACUACUACGGUUAUUUCAAGGAAGAACGGCGCUUGAGGGUGAGGUGGAGCCUAAGCUGGCAAAGUUGCGACGAGGACGCCUUCGAAAAUCAUCCUCUCAGUGCCAAUAUGAUCAAUAACUCUUCAAGUUGGUCCACCUGGUUCACUCUUCAAGAUUCAGCCCCUAAGGUGGAUCUCAUUGCUGCAACAGCCAACAAGACAUGCCCGGAGGAAUACGGCAUGGCGAACAAUCUGACAGACAAAACCAUGGAAGUCCCGAUGGGGGUGAGAUGGUCUGGCGGUGAUUACACCAACAGCACCUGCGCAGUCGUGGCGUUGUCCACCCCAACACCCACGCCGGAUCCUUGCCGAGUCCAUAUCGACAGAGUCCAUAUCGACAAGACAAUUGUCGCAAGCACGGAGGCCUCUUUGAAAUCCGACUUAUGCAAAGGGAUAGAUCGACCAUCCGAUUGUCCGGAAGGUAAAGAUAAUGCGGCGCAUCAACUAGCUGUCGCUGGCAUCUCAUGCUUGCUCGCCGCAGUUGGGGCUUUGGGGUUCUUUCUUGUCUGA